UUUAUUUAUUUUUUUUGUAAAUUUAUUAACCAUUGAUUGCUGGACGGCUGUCAGUACAUUCCUAAAAUAAAAUUGUUAGUUUCAACGUUGAAAAGUGACUGUGGGAGGAAGUAAAAUGUCCACAAUGCGUCUGCUAUCAACCAAUCUUAUCUGUCGCCGUGGGCUGAAAGUGCGCGGUUCGAUAAUCGCGUCGCUAGGAUGGGAAAAAUCAGCUGUCCACUGUACAACAACCACUGCUUCAACAGUCUCGACAAGAGCGAUGGCUACGGAACCGCAGAAAUGUCUUACCAUGGACGAUCUGAAUCCCAACAUCAAGGUGAUGGAAUAUGCUGUUAGAGGUCCAUUGGUCACCAGAGCCGGUGAUAUCGAGAAGGAACUGCAGAAGGGUGUUAAAAAACCUUUCAAUGAAGUUAUCAAAGCAAACAUUGGAGAUUGUCACGCUAUGGGACAGGUCCCAAUCACAUUUAUUCGUGAGAUCUUGGCUUUGGUGACGUUACCAAAAUUAUUAGAUGAUCCUCGAUUCAACGAAGAUUGCAAGAAACGCGCCCGAAUUAUUCUGGAAGGAUGCAGGGGUGGAUCUGUCGGAUCUUACACCGAUUCGCCUGGUAUUGAAAUAAUUAGAAAACACGUUGCUGAAUACAUCACGAAAAGGGAUGGCGGUAUCCCAUGCGAUUUCCAAAAUGUUAUUAUUAGUGCAGGUGCUAGCGAUGCAAUUAAGAAUAUUUUAAAAUUAUUAAUUUGUGAUAAGAAUGGAAAGAAACCGGGUGUAAUGAUUCCAAUCCCCCAAUACCCAUUGUAUUCUGCUUCUCUGGCGGAAUUCAAUAUGGAACAAGUUGGAUAUUAUUUAGAUGAAUCUAGGGGAUGGGGACUCGACAGUGCCGAACUUCAAAGAUCAUAUGAUGAAAGCAAAAAGACGUGCAAUACACGUGCGUUGGUGGUAAUUAACCCUGGAAACCCGACUGGACAAGUGCUAUCAAAAGAAAAUAUCCAAGAAAUCAUCAAGUUCGCACACAAGAAUAAGCUUUUCAUUCUCGCAGAUGAGGUUUACCAAGACAACGUUUACGCUCAAGGAUCCAAAUUCCAUUCCUUCAAAAAAGUAUUGAUUGAAAUGGGAGAACCCUACAGCAAAAUGGAAUUGGCUAGUUUCAUGUCUUGCUCUAAAGGUUACAUGGGAGAGUGCGGUCUUCGCGGAGGAUACGCUGAAGUAAUUAACAUGUGCCCACAAGUUAAAGCCAUGUACAUGAAGGCUAUUAGUGCUAUGCUUUGUCCAACCGUAUUGGGUCAGGCUACAUUAGAUUGCGUCGUAAACCCACCGCAAAAAGGCGAACCUAGCUACGAAACCUUUAUGAAAGAAAAGGCGGCAGUUCUUGACUCUCUGAAGGUAAGAGCUAAGAUGGUCGAAGAUACAUUCAAUUCCAUGGAAGGAUUCAGCUGUAAUCCAGUACAAGGAGCGAUGUAUGCUUUCCCCCAGUUCAAACUCCCGCCGAAGGCGAUCGAGGCUGCAAAGAAAGCCAACCAGGCACCAGAUGUGUUCUUUGCAUUUAACUUGUUGGAAAGCACUGGAAUCUGUAUCGUUCCAGGCUCUGGUUUCGGACAACAACCUGGUACAUACCACUUCCGUACCACAAUUUUGCCACAGCCCGAGAAGCUUAAGGAGAUGUUGCAGAAGUUCGGCGACUUCCACAAAUCAUUUUUGCAAAAAUACAAAUAAAUAUUAAGUAUUAAAUGAACAUGAUGAUAUUACGGUUUAGGUCACGAUUAUAUUUUUUUUUGUCACUCA